AAACUCUCACUCGAUCUUAUUGACUUACUUUGCCAUCAAAACUUCAUCGAUCAUCUUCUUCCUUAUAUAGCUUGCCUUCUCCUUCAUUAUUUCCUCGUUACCAAUGGGUGCUUCUGCAUCCUGGUCUUGCUCUCUGCUCGCUCUGCUUCUUCUCGUGUCUGCUUUCGUAUCAGAAAGCAGGGUUAUUGAGAGGAAGGACUUGAGUCUGGACCUUGGUGGGCUGGGCCUUGGAGUUGGAGCGGGGCUGGGGUUGGGCAUAGGAGGUGGAAGUGGAUCCGGGGCAGGAGCUGGAGCCGGGUCUGGGUCUGGGUCUGGCUCCAGUUCAAGUUCUUCAUCCAGUUCAUCCUCCUCAUCUUCCAGUUAUGGAUCAGGAGCAGGUUCUGAGGCAGGUUCGUAUGCUGGGUCAUACGCAGGUUCUCGAGCUGGGUCUGGGAGAGGACGAGGGCGUGGAGGUGGCGGUGGAGGUGGAGGUGGAGGUGGAGGAGGCGGCGGCGGCGGCUCCGGAUAUGGUCAUGGUGAGGGUUCCGGCUACGGCCACGGUGAAGGUGGGGGUGACUAAAUAAAAUAUGGUGAUGUAGUAGAAUGUUGUAACCGUGGGUGUGAGUUAAAAAAAAAAAUAAAUGGAAAAUGUGUGCUACAAAAAAAUAAAUAUGGUAGAUGGUGAAUUCCGUCACUUUAUCAUUAAUAUAUUUCUAAUGUCAAAAGAAUUUUAGUAUAUCUAUAUAAAUGUAAUAGUAUUUUAUAAAUUGAUCGUACCAGCUUCUAUA